AUGGAUCGAGCAAGAGUUCUCAAGUCCCGUAGACUCCGAGAGAAGGAUGGAGCCAGAGCUCUCAAGUCCCGUAGACUGCCAGAGAUGGAUGGAGCCAGAGCUAUCAAGUCUCGUAGACUGCCAGAGAUGGAUGGAGCCAGAGCUCUCAAGUCCCGUAGAGUGCCAGAGAUGAAUGGAGACAGAGCUCUCAAGUCCCGUAGACUCCGAGAGAAGGAUGGAGCCAGAGCUCUCAAGUCCCGUAGACUGCGAGAGAUGGAUGGAGCCAGAGCUCUCAAGUCUCGUAGACUGCCAGAGAUGGAUGGAGCCAGAGCUCUCAAGUCCCGUAGAGUGCCAGAGAUGGAUGGAGCCAGAGCUCUAAAGUCCCGUAGACUCUGGAGCAGAGCUCUCAAGUCCCGUAGACUGCCAGAGAUGGAUGGAGCCAGAGCUCUCAAGUCCCUGCCAGAGAUUUAUGGAGCCAGAGCUCUCAAAGUGCCAGAGAUGGAUGGAGCCAGAGCUCUCAAGUCCUGCCCAGAGAAGGAUGGAGCCAGAGCUCUCAAGUCCCGUAGACUGCCAGAGAUGGAUGGAGCCAGAGCUCUCAAGUCUCGUAGACUGCCAGAGAUGGAUGGAGCCAGAGCUCUCAAGUCCCGUAGAGUGCCAGAGAUGGAUGGAGCCAGAGCUCUCAAGUCCCGUAGACUCCGAGAGAAGGAUGGAGCCAGAGCUCUCAAGUCCCGUAGACUGCCAGAGAUGGAUGGAGCCAGAGCUAUCAAGUCUCGUAGACUGCCAGAGAUGGAUGGAGCCAGAGUUCUCAAGUCCCGUAGAGUGCCAGAGAUGGAUGGAGCCAGAGCUCUCAAGUCCCGGAGACUCCGAGAGAAGGAUGGAGCCAGAGCUCCCAAGUCCCAUAGACUGCCAGAGAUGGAUGGAGCCAGAGCUCUCAAGUCUCGUAGACUGCCAGAGAUGGAUGGAGCCAGAGCUCUCAAGUCCCUUAGACUGCCAGAGAUGGAUGGAGCCAGAGCUCUCAAGUCCCGUAGACUCCGAGAGAAGGAUGGUGCCAGAGCUCUCAAGUCUCGUAGACUGCCAGAGAUGGAUGGAGACAGAGCUCUCAAGUCCCGUAGACUCCGAGAGAAGGAUGGGGCCAGAGCUCUCAAGUCCCAUAUCUGGAUUAACCUAUUCGUAUCUAUCUAUCUAUCUAUCUAUCUAUCUAUCUAUCUAUCUACCAGGCUGUUUCUAUCUAUCUAUCUAUCUAUCUAUCUAUCUAUCUAUCUAUCUAUCUAUCUCUUCCUCUCUCUCCCUCUCUAUCUAUCUAUAUUUAUAUAUUAUUAUCGCCCGCACAAUUACUCUCUCGCUCACACUGUUUGCAUUUAUCUCGCAUACCCGGGACACCCACCCUCUUUUGCUAUUGUUUUUAAAUUGACUCUUUUUGAAAUUUCGCUUUUGUUCUUUCUCUCGCCAUAUUUCUUUGAAUCGUUCAUAAUUUCUCUCUCCCUCUCUCUCUCUCUCUCUCUCUCUCUCUCUCUCUCUCUCUCAAUACAAUUCUCUCUGCUUUCUUUUUUUUCUUUCUUUCUCAAUAAGGCAGGACCGCUCACCCUCUAUAUCUCUUUCUCUCUUUCUCUAAAUCUAUCUCUGUCUCUCUUUCUAUCAGCUUUACAUAAUUUCUUUUUCUCUCAUUUUUCUUAUCGAUACCACUUCUCUCUUUCUCUAGUUCUUUCUAUAACUCUUUCUCUCUUUCUUUCUCGCUCUUUCAGCUUUACUUUGUAUAAUUUCUUUACUCUCUCAAUUUUUCUAUUGAUAUCUCUUCUCUCUUUUUCUAGUUCUAUAACUCUUUCCCUUUCUCUAAUUCUCUUUCUCCCUCUCUUUCUAUCAGCUUUACUUUGCAUAAUUUCUUUUCUUUCUCACUUUCACUAUCGAUAUCUCUCCUCCCUUUCUCUACUUUACAUUUCUUUUCUCUCUUAUUUUCACUAUCGAUAUCUCUUCUCUCUUUCUCUAUUCUAUAACUCUUUCUCUAUUUCUCUUUCUCUCUCUCUCUUUCUCCCUCUCUUUCUAUCAGCUUUACUUUGCAUAAUUUCUUUUCUUUCUCACUUUCACUAUCGAUAUCUCUUCUCUCUUUCUCUAUUCUAUAACUUUCCCCUCUCUCUUUAUCGCUCUUUCUCUCUCUCUUUCUAUCAGCAUUACAUAAUUUCUUUUCUUUUUUCAUUUUCACUAUCGAUAUCGCUUCUCUCUUUCUCUAGUUCUAUAACUCUUUCUCUCUCUCUCUCUCUCUCUCUCUCUUUCUAUCAGCUUUACUUUGUAUAA